CUGAAAAGACUUUCUGCUUGUAGCAUUCGAUAAGUUUAGCGUCGUUCAGUGGCGAGGAGGAAACGACACAGUUGUCGCCAAACACCAGCCGACACUUGAACACGAAAAGCGGCAGGUGGAACACGCAGAAACUAGCGAAAUCAUAACAAAAGACAUGCAGAACACAACCUGCCAUAACAAACACAUACGAAUAUGCGCAAAGACAAGCUAUAAAAAUCGCGUGACGCUUGAUAUUGCUAUAAAUUUGAAACACUACCUUACUCCGUUAAUGUCUAUUUGUGUCUGUUUACUACGAGUAACAAGAACAAUACGUUACCUUGUCUCAUUGCUUUAGUUAUUGGUAAAUUGUAUGAACGAACAGCAAAAAACAAAUGUAUUUAGCAGGGAAGUAACUAUACUUUAACAAAAAUGAUGUGAAUAAGUUGUGUUCAUUGAGCCAAUGUUUUGUUACGAUGAAACACCUCCAAGGCCCAGUAGCAGUGUUGCACAAUGGCUAUAUGCCUAGUAUUGACUGAAGUUUUUGAAUAACGCUUUGUUAUCGCAAUUUCUGUUUUGAUUAGACUAUGCAUAAACAACGGUCUGUUUUCGCGGUAUUACGUUAUGUCACAAGCGAUGAGCUCUCGAAUAUUUUGUAAAUUCCAAAACAGGAUUAUUUGUUGUUUAUUGAGAGUAGUUCAUGCUAAACCCUGGAAAAGGUACCUUAUAGCUCUUACGCUGAUUGCCACUGUUUACGUCGUGUUACGUCAAUGGGAUAACCAGAACUCCUGGUUAAAUUACUUACUGUUGAACGGUGACUUCGGCAUAGAUUUUGAUAAUUUCGAUAAUGUAUUGGGUGCUGCCUUCCCUAUAGUGCCAAACAUCAUUCACUUCAUCAAGAUCGGUAACAAAAGCGACUUGACCUUCGAAGAACUUGUCUGCAUCAAAGCGGCCUGGUUGGCUCAAAAACCAGAGCGGAUUCUCAUACACUGUGAUUACUGCGAUUACUUAAAGAGCGGGAAGUAUUGGUCUCAAGUAACCCGAAUUCCAAACCUUAACCUCGUUCCGGUAAGUGUCCCAACGCAUGUGUGGGGUCGAAAAUUGAGCUCGUUGCAUCACGCGUCUGAUGUACUUCGCAUACGGAUUUUGCAACGCUACGGUGGCAUCUACCUCGAUACCGAUGUGUUUCUAAUUAAACACUUGGACUUCUACAGACGAUUUGAACUCGCCAUCGGUGUACCACCAAAACAGUAUCUUGGUACUCAGGUUAUCGUAGGACAUCGUUCAUCACGUUUUCUGCGCCUAUGGCUUGAAUCGUAUCGAUAUUACAAGCCUGACCGAUGGUACUACAAUGCUGGAGAACUUCCCACGACAUCUAUUCUUUUUAAAAAACCAACAAUUGUUCACGCGGUUCCGUGGGAUUUUGGCGUUCAUGAUUUACGAGCGGUACUUUACAAUGCAUGUUCCCCACGCUGGCGUGAUUUCCGCGCAAUCCACCUUCUAUCCAGGCAUCGUCUUGAUGGCGUGAAACCCGGCGACGGCAGACCUAUAUCGUUUAAUGAGGAGAAUAUAAAGAGUUAUAAGAAGACAUUUGGAGAAAUGGCCAGAUCUGUUAUGUAUGGUCAAUACGGCAUAAUCUCAGAUGACCGACCACCACUACCCCCACUGCUGGUGGCUCUUACGAAUUUUUCGGCGUUACCGCGCUAUUGUAAGGAUAAAUAUUUUUUAGGGCAGUGGAAGUUCACUUCAGCGAUAAGUAUGUUCGAGAAUGAGCCGGAUGCAAUUAAUUUUUUUAAUUUGUGGGGAUACUGAAAGUCCUUCAGAAGGAAAAUGGAGGAAAUUUCCCAAAAUCUUACUUUCGGAAUAUCUAGAAAAUACUUCUUAUACGAAGUACGAAAUAUUUUCUUGUACUUUAAAGUACGACUUUAGCGUUCUUUAUCUUUAUUUAGCGAAACUAGGUCCACUAGUUACUAGUGGACCCAAUUUCGACAUAUGUCCAAGCAUAGGGCUACCCGUCUGGUUUUUAUAUAUAUAUAUAUUAUUCCACACGUGUAUGUUGUGCCGAGGACUCGAGACUACCUACCAGUUAUCGUAAUCCUGUCGUACAGCGAUGUUCUGCAUAAGUAAUAUGUACUAAUAUAAUACCAGUCUAAUUUCUAUUGAAUGACCCUACAGACAUCUUUAGAUGACGUAUGGGUUUCUUUAUAGCCGUGGUCGGUCGCAGAAGUAUUUCUACUGGGGCUGAACGAACAUGAUUAUCUUACACUAACCUGCUUUGUUCCUCUGUUUUAAUUUAAUUUAGCGGGCCAUGUCCGUAAAUGUAAAAAAACAUUGGGAAUGUAAGAUAUCUCGAUUUGAGAAUAUAGUUGAUUAAAUAUUUACGAUGUUAUUUACUAGGAGGUAACACUAACAGAAUAAUAAUGAAAGGCAUAUAAUUGCACAUCUGCUUGCGCUAUAGAUAAUAUCGGUUUUGAAAACUCCAAAAAAAUUCGCCAUAAAAAGUUGGAUGUACUCGUAAUGUUUAAACUUGGGUUCUUUAGUAUCUACAUGUGCUUCUGGCUGAUUUACAUCUGAUUUUUCAAAUAAUAGAGUAUUGCAUUUAUACGACAGUUAGUGAGCAGAGAUAUUGACGGUGGAUUAGACCGAACUAUUGAAACGAAAUCGAUUAACGGCACCAACCCCUUGGGAUCCACUCACCCUUACAAUGCUCAUUACCGCUAGAGCCACUUCUACUCCCGCAUUUCAUUUUGUUGACAACUCUUCUGGGAUCUGUGAAAAAAAAAGAAAGAAAAAGAAAAAAAAUUCGCAAGACGAGGAAGAAGUUCUUCCAGCCAAAAUCUCAUAUAAACCUCUGAAACAUUGCUGUCUCAUUCGUCUAACCGUCGACACUUCCGUUAAAAAUUCUCCGUCUUAGAAAUUUGUUUCGAAAAAUCAACUCCGCCUUUUCCACCAUUUCAACGAACGUAGUCAAAACUGUUUAAACCCCAGUUGUGCUUUGGACCUACUACAUCAAAUUACAAACGUUUCUUCUUUUAACAGUAAACCUUUAUCGCUACGAAUGAUGAACCAAUGUACAAAUAUAGCCAUUGUAGUAGUUCAACAGAACGGAUUUGCCUUCCCUGCAUUGAUUUUGCUAACAUAGCAAAAAAUAGAUGCUAAUUCUAUUCGAAGUAGUAAUUAGUAAAGUUAUGCAGAGUUUCUAUGUCUAGUACCUUUUUGUGUUACGGUUCGUUCGGAAGCCACCCGCGUUCAACGUGCGAAGGUCAAUGCGCGCUAAAACUAUUAACGCUUGAGGCAUCUGUUACAUAUUUAAGCAAGUAUAGACUCAUAUAGUUCUAGUUGACGCAACCUUCUGGCGGUUGUAUGGUCAAGCUUUUCCUCCAGCUGCGGAAACAGUAAGUCGCACGCUGCGGGCGUUUUGGUUAUCAAAAAAAAUGCGUUACUGUUGUGACCUUGCUUGUAAUUCCUUACUUAAAAUUUGAUUUAUAGAAAUCAGCUCAAUGCGACACGCACAAUGCAAUAACGUCGCGUAAUACAACCUUCUUGCUUUGCAUUUUAUUUGCACAAAACGCUUGUGUGACAGGGCCGAAAAUACACGCAAACGAGGGCACUCCAUAAAUUUCCCGGCUACAUCGAUCUCACUCAUAUUGUAACGACUUUGUAAAAACUUUGUUGUGAGCGACAGUUCGCAUCUGCUCGUAUGGAUCUUUCGUCAACCUACCUAUAACUAUGAGUGUAUUAUAGGCUGUGAUGAAGAAGACGCCGCUUCUUCAGGAAGACUUACUAAAAGAAAAGAACGUAUUCUUAUUCGAUUACCGAAGGCUGUGAAUCUUGUAGUCGUUAUGGUAGCGCUGAACGGUGACCUCGUCUGAAGAUAGAUUUACGGUAGAUAUAACGGCUAAUGAAAUAAUUUCGGCGGAGCCUCUGACCACUAGUAGACAUCGCGUAAGUAGUUUAUAGCACAAUACUGGUCAGAAGCCCAGAGUGCCCCAUACAUUAACCACUAAACUAAAGGCAACUGAUGCCCGUUACUACUGCAGGAGUGCAGUCCUCCCUGUUUACUUCUGCCCCUUCGUGGCUUGCUAACGUCCCAUUACUGCUCAGAGGAUUCUUUCGUUCAUUGAGUCCUUGAACGCCCCUACUCCCUUUUUCUCUUCGAUUGCUUAGUCUGUACUAGCUUCUUUUUCGAGAAAGAGGCAAUCGAGCGCCAACCAGCGUCCGGGUAGCCACUAUCGGCCACCAGGCACACUUAUUGGGCUGCUACAGGAAAGGAUCUCAGCGGGACGGUAGAUUCGACUGUCGUUCGAGACCACUUGCGUGCUCUCCUCUUUCCCAUUCAGCAACCCAAGCUGCCUGUCGUUUUCGUUCAGGUCUCAGCUAUUUCCAGUUUCUCCAUUCCUGACCGACUUUUCCACGCUGCUGCUGCUGUUUUGGUGGCCUCUAGGACCGAGCACACGUCAGGCAGCGGCAGAAAGCGGCGGCGCCGAGGACCAAGCGUGUUUUCUACCAUCGCACCACCGCUCCCAGUCGACUUAGAUACUCAGACGCCCACAUGAACAAACACACACAAACUAAAAUGCGUACAGAGUCACUCUUAUACACGAUGCAGGCCAGUAGGAUAGAACCAGAGCAAGCAUGCCACACGCACACAUAGGACCACAAUGCUAGUGGUGCGCCUGCUGCUGGUAUUCCAGAGAAAUGGGACGUCACUAGCACUCGCCCGUCGCUGCCUACCAUUUUGUCAAUGAAGGACAAACUGCUGCCAAGCAAAGGAGAACUGCUCGUCGCUCCAAACGGGAAUUGAGAGAGAGAAAAAGAACUGAGGAGUAAGACGGUUAGGCGUCCAUUCGCUUGGCUAAAAGAUGCUCCUGGUGCAAGCGGUUACACCGUCAGUGGCGCAGUAGGAGAAAAAACAGAAAGGGGACAACUAGGGGUGUCUCCAGAACAGAGCACCCCCAGUGACCGCCCCUUUCCUGCGGUGUCAACGUUAGUAAGAAAAUGUGGGUUUUAACAACCUCUGCACAUUCUGGUCGCUAAAGUAUGAAAACUACUGUCUCCGGGCGGUGCGUUGUCCGUUGUGACUUACUAGAGCCUAAGGCGAAAAGAAGUAAGGUUUCAAGCGGCGGCAGCAGCGGCAGUCAUCAAUGAAUAAAAUUGACAGCAUGUAUUAGCCCCCAAGAUAGGCUCAAAUUUGGUUCUCCUAGUUUUAUUGAAUUUGCAAAAGACUAACUUACAUCGAUAGUCCUAGUUCGCAUCCAUAUCAUUUGAGUUCGGAAACGUUUGUGUUUGACGCCAAAUAAUAAAAGUAAAAUGUAUUACUCAAAAGUUUAAUAAAUGUCGUUUAUACCAAGCAGAAAUACUAAUAUUAUUAUGAUUGCUGUUAUAUAGAGCCAGAUUUCAGGUUUCUAGGCCAGAUUCAUCUACAUCAGCUGGUUCGAGGUAAUAACCCGUAAGACUAUAAGGCCAAUAAUGAGCCU